AUGGCGGUAAAUGUGACCGAGAUUUUAAGGCGAACCCUGGGGUGUGAAAAAUUUCCCGAAAUGCUUCCUUAUAUGAAGCGCAUUGAAGAAACAGAAGAGCGUUUCACAACCGUAGGGCGCUUGGUUGAAAAGUACUCGGCAGGGCUCGAUAAACUCUCACAGAAAGGAGAAAACCUUUGUUCGUCCUUAGGCGCUUGCAGCUCUCACUUACUCAGUGGUGACGAAGUGAAAAAUCAUUUAUCAAACUACGCGAUGCACUUGUCUGCAGUUCAGCAGCAGCGGACGGAGUUGAAAGAUGUUCUUCGGGAUAAAAUUUCAGGUGAUAUCUUAUCCUACGAAGGGAAGUGUCAAGAAAUGAGGAAAAGUGUUAAGAUUUGUGAAGAUGCUUUACGGAAGAAGAAUCACAGGCUUCAUGAGCUAGCAAAGGCGAAAAAUAAAGUUCCGUUAGAUCCCCGAAGGAUCAAUGCUGCCAAUAUUAAGUUUGAGCAAAGCCGAUAUCAGGCACGCCGUUGUGAGGAAGAUAUCAAAGUGGAAAUGCUGCAUUUUGAGAGAAAAAAACUGGAAGAUUUUAAUCGUGUGUUGGCUGACUUCCUCCUCGCGGAGAUGCGCUUCCAUGCAGAAGCUCUUCAAGAGUACACCGCUGCUUUCAGAUGCCUGCCGUUACUCUCUGCGGGAAGUAAUGAUACUGGUGAUGAUCAUGAUGACGGUGACUCUUCUUGCUUAAAAUCUCGUGAGAGGAAGAUUGCAUUUCACAGUUCUGAUGAAGUAUUCCCAGUAAAAUCGCAGAAAUCUGGCAGAGCAAAAAAAUCCGAUUCAAGUGAUUCGCCUCUCUCUAUAGGAGAUCUUUACUGA